CGCCUUGCAGGAGGUGCUCGCAGGAGUGGCAUCUGUCCCGGGUACGACUGCAGGAGCCUAGCCGAAGCCAUGCAGUCCUUCCGAGAGCGGAGUGGUUUCCAGGGCAACCAACACUGCUACCAGCAGGAACCUCGUGAAUUAUCUCGGCUUGAGAAUUACAGACAUCAUCUCGGCCAGACCGGACAGGGCUACGAGACACACUCGCUUUCUGCUGCAGGGAUGCCACCAGCAGGAACAGCGUCUAAAGACUGUUAUGGGCAGCAAAACUACCCUAGCUAUGGCAGCGGUUCAGCUCAAACCAAGAAACCAUACGGAGGUGGCAAACCUCCUACCCAGCACGUGCAGUCUGGCUACAGUGGCCAUGUGAGUUCUGGAUACUCAGCCCAGUACAUGAGCGAAGGGCAUUUGCCGCAGAAGUGGGACGAGUCUACUCAAAUGUCUCAGUACGAGCAAGAAAUGGUGGGUCAUCUUGAACCUCGGCCUAGCGGGUCAUCCCAGUACAUCGAGCAAAAUAUGCUAAGCAUUUCUCAAAGCCAGUGCCAUCUGCCCUCACAACCGUCUGCUCCUGCGUAUACGAACCCCCAUCAACAAGGACAUCGUCCCAAUCCUUCCCCAUCCCCUUUGAUGUACCCACAGAGUCACGUUCAUUUUCCUCAACAUGCCCGACCACCCUCCUCUACCUCUUCAAACUACAUGGAGAAAUGCAACUCAAUCCCUCAUGCCUACAAAAGUGGCUUUGGAAUGCCCCCUAACGUUCAGUAUUCAAGGCAAAUGAGUAACCACAGUACCCUGAAGCAGAGUGGGUAUCGAACUCAGAAUAAUUACGGCUACCAACAGCCCGCAUCACGGACUGGAUUUGAACAGCAAGGUCCCAUGCAAGGGAUUCCGAGUACACCAGAGAGCCAUCCGAAAUUCCAACAUUACAAUCAGUCCCAACAAAACUACUGCAUCACAGAUAUUUCUGUGAGGUCACCUGAGCAGUACUACCAGAACUGUAGUCCAAGUUCCAGUCACUCACCUGCUCGGUCUGUAGGCAGGUCUCCCUCAUACAGUUCCACCCCGUCUCCGUUAAUGCCCAAUCCUGAUACGUUUCAGUAUGGUCAAACAAUCAAUCCUGCAAGUUCGUCCUCUUCUGCCGGUCUGCAAGAUCAGAAUAUGUUGAUGCCUGCACACACCCAGUCAUCCCCUAGUGUUACCCACCACUCUCAGAGCUAUUCAAGCUCUCUGAAGGACCGUUUCUCAGAGAAGCUUUUUUCUAACCCGAGCCUGUGGAGCCUGAAUGCCCUGACAUCUCAGGUAGAGAACAUCUCUAAUAACGUCCAACAGUUAUUACUCUCAGAGGCUCUUAUGGCCAACAAAAAAAAUGGCAAGCGAAACCAGCCAAAAAAAGGAGAGGACUAUAGGGGCCAGUUAAAGGCAAUGGAGGACUCUUCAUGUCCCGAGAGCCAACAUGGUUCUCUAACCAAUGACACUUUCGACACACCAAGAUCUUUGUCAUCUGUAGUACAAGAGGGAGGAUACUCCAGCAGCACAGAAGACCAGAUGGAACAGAACUACUACUAUUUCGGUCAGGGCAAAGGCCCGACACAGGCCUCAGCACAUUCUCAACUGAGUUUAGACACAGUGUCUACCUGCUCUAUGAACUCGGCAGAUGACAUGUCCGUCAGAUCAGGCGAUUCGGAUAGAAGUCUGCGGAGUACAACCUCUGAAGGUCAUCUUAACUGUGACCCUAAAAUGCAAAGAGUGCCAAUUGUAGAAGAGCAGAACAGUUCUCUCGGGAGUUUAAGAGAAGAGAGGUCUCCCAUUAGUGUAACAGCCACAAGUCCUAUGAAGCAGGAGAGUAAUUCUCGACUAGGCAUAAAGCAACCAGAGAUCACUCAAAAGGAAAAUUUAGAGAAGUCUAUCUGGACCGAGAGGACGACUGAUGAAAAGAAAAUUGGACCCAUUAACCUGCCUACAGAACAUGAAUGUAAAGAAGGGGUUCUUGAGGAAACCGAGAAACAACAGGAAUGGCCAGAGGAUGAGAAGUUCCCCUCCCUCAUCCAUAAGAUGAAUAAAGCUGUGACAAAUGAAAGAUAUUCUUACGAAACAGGAGACACUAUUUAUCAGAACCUGGAAAGCAAAUAUGAUAGAGAGGAUCAAGACUUUCCUGGAAAGGGCUUUUUAGACGUCAGCAGCAAGGAAAAUGAAAAUGAAGUUGCAGAAGCAAAAUCAGAAGUAUUUAAAUUGGAAUCACAGCUUACUAUUGAAGGUCUGACGACAUCACCAGCUAUUUCAAGAGAUUCACUUAACUCAAAUCAAAGUUCACCUGAGAAAACGGAAGAUUCAGACGUAUCUUAUCUAACCCCUCAGUGUGAGUUUUCAGAGGAGAAACUGUCAACCUCUGAAAAACAGGACUUCUUUGAAAAGCAGCAGUUUGUCUUAUUAAAUUCAUCCAUUGAAGUGAGCGAGAAUGAAGGGUUACCACCAACUCAUGAGGUGGUCAAUAAUAAAGCAAAACAAGAAGAGUCUUUUACAGAAGCCUGUGAUAAGCCAGAAGAUAAAGCAGGUGGACUUCUGGUCAAAACGGAUGCUGGAGAGACCACCGUUCAAGACAUAGCCCAUAGAGGAAAUGAAAGAGGGUCAGCCCCAUGUGACAUUGCACCCCAGUCUCACUCUGUCAAGACUGGCUUCUCAGCUUUCGAUGAGAAAGCAACACCUCAGACCCAGGCGAGGGAUCGCAUUGAUGCAAAGGUGCUGGAGCCUGAUUCGCCUCAGUUGCCCGGCAAGUCAAUAAUGCACUCUGCACCCUCUUGGGCUAAUACACCACCCUCUCCACAGAAAGGAGAUGAAGAAAUAGAGCCAGGGAUUAGCUGUCCCAGUGCAGUAAUGCCAACAACGAAAGCAGAGCCUGUAGCCCCCUCAGCACAUCCAAGACUAUUGGGUAGGAAGCAUACCCGAGGUAGGCAAAGGCUGAUUCAUUCAAAUGCAUCUAUUGGGAGCCAGAUGAGUGUGGAACGAGAUGUGGUCCCACCAUCUCCUCAAAAACCUGAUAUGCCCUCAAGCAAUAGUGCCCUAUUCUCUGAACAAAUGGGAGCGGUACAGCCGGACAGCAGUCAAACACCCAAACUGGCGGACGUUUUACCAUCCCGUAUGUGUACUCGCUCUCUAGGGUCACAAGGUAGCCUGAAAGUUUGCAACCAAGAAAGAAGAAAACCAGUUGCAAAGCCCAUUUCGAAACCUGACCCGAAAGUAGGUCCAAAGCCAGGACAAAAGCCUGGUCUAAAACAAAAUGUAAAGACUGAUUUAAGACCUGGUACAAAAUCAGCCCCAAAGCUGAGUUUCAAACCUGGUACAAAGUCUAGUCUGAGGUCUAGUCCAAAACAAGGCUCCAAGUCUGGGCCAAAACAAGGCCCAAAAUCAGGGCCAUUGUUAACUAUUAAAACAGGUUUAAAGCCUGGCCCAAAGUCUAGUCCAAAAACUGGCUUAAAGCCUAAUGAAGGAGUAACUCAUAAAGGCCCUGGACGACCAAGAAGCCUAAAUUCAAAGACCAAAUCCCUAAAAUAUAAAGACAACAUACAAGCUCACGUUGAGAAUAUGAACAGCACAAGUUGCAUCAGUGAAACCACUACACAGCAAGAAAAUACAACAGCCACUUUAGAAACUGUUACUGACACUACUUUGUGCUCUACUAUAGACAGCACCACGGGUUCCUCAUUAGAUACUGAGAUAGAUGCCUCGUUUGUAAAUUCUGAAGCAAAAGAUCAAAAAUCCAUGGUAUUAAGAUCUAGGAAACAAACACAGGGAAAAUUAUCAGAGCAAAAAGAAAAAAGGAAAGAGACCUUGGCGGCUGAGGCAUCAGCAAUUAGGCUCACAGAAACACAUACGCAGGAGGUAGCCGUAGCCCAUCCAUGUCAAAACCAAAAAUCCUCUAUACAUGAGAAUAUCUGUGCAGAUUCACUAAGCCUGCCAAAUGAGAAAAUCAUCUCUGUUCCAGUUAAAAGAAAAUCUAGUUUAAAAUUUAAAGGCCCAAUUAAUAAGAAGAAAGAUCAGAAAGGCAGUCAACCAGUCCAACAGUCUCUGCUUCAAGAUACCCGAGGUACCAAGGGGAGAAGAAAGCAAGGACAUACCUUAGAACCAUCUAUAUGUAGCACUAUGACCAAAGAAAGCCUUCCAUUUGAAGAUGAUACAUCUAGUUUGCCCCCUCAGGGUCCCACUAAAACAAAAUAUUUGCCUCCUAGAAAAGGCAGAGGACUUAAAUAUGAAGCGAUGGUUCAGAAAAUCGCAUCACCUAUAUCCAAAAAACAGCCUCUACCUAUCCAACCAGAUGCAACCCAGGAUGAAUUAACAUUAAAGCCAGCCCUAGAAUUCCUGGUGACCGAGAAAAGAAAGUCAGUAAAUACUACAAUAACGGCACCAGAAGAAGGUGAGAACCCAGUAAAGAUUGAGGAGACUCCAGAAGCAGUAGGUAUUCAAACUCCUCUUAAAAAGCGAAGAAAAUGGGCCAUUAUGGAGAUCACCAAUGCUGCAGAUACACUUGAGACUACGAGUCUCAUUAUCAACACACCAAGGUUAGCGAAACAGAGAGCCAUUAAAAAUAACCACGAGAUGCAUCUAAAGCAACAGAAGAAAAGAAAAGGAAUCAAACUAGCAAACAGCGUGCCACCUGUGGAAUUGCAUGAGCAGACUCAACUAGACAUGCCCGUCCCUACCUCAGUUGAAGCAACUUUACCACCAGCUUCUUUUGCCCCCCAUGCUACAGAUGGGAGUACAGAACCUGAACAGCUUUCAGUGGAAUUGUGCUCAAGAGUCAUUGAAGCAAAAAGAGGUAGACGGUCAUCAAAUAAAAAGAAACAAGGAGAAGCUCUGGGUCAGCAAACUGUAGUCAAAAGACCAGGCAUUAAAAAAAAGUCUGGGCUGAAAAAAAUGAUUCAACAGAACGUUAACGUCGUAAUGACCACCGUGAAUGAAUCUGAACACAAAACCAAACGCAGAAAGGAAAUCCCGACAGUCAAAGGAAAACUGUUUUCCAAGGACGUUUUCCAACCACAAGAGAGCGGCAUCAAACGUUCAUUCAAACCGUAUGUACACAUCGACGGCUCAAGAAAGACGGCCUCUUUCUGCACAAUCGUGAACAGGCCGGAAGAAGAGCACCUGCUUACUGUGAAAAAAGCAAAAAGGAAGAACUUGGUAAGAAUUAAAAAUGAAGCCACUUUAACCAAGGCAAUUCCAGACUCUACAGUAAUGCUUCAGGGCCCAAUAGUUAACAAAAGCCUAUCUGACAAGUGUCUUGUAUGCUGUCUGUGUGGAAAGCCAGCAAAUUACAGAGAACUUGGAGACUUGUGUGGCCCAUACUACCCUGAGAACACCAUACCACGGAAAACACUGUCCCUAGAGUACCGAGAAGACUUUAGGCGAAACUAUGACGAACAGCAAGACAAGACGACCACGUGCACCGCAGAGCAGACCGAUAUUUUAGAGGAAAAGGACACAAAAGACUUCCCUCAAGAGGAAUCGAGUAAAGCAGACUGCAAGCCGGCGAUGAAAGAAAGAAGGUCACAGCUCCGGACUCGACUUGGUCUGCAUAUGAGGUUCAAAAGACUGCAGCUGUUGCAAGGCAGAGCUGUUAAAGGAGCUCCCUCUGCUGGUGAGGAGGACUGUUACUCUGCUUUGCAGAGGUUGCAGCUGGAGGCCGAGGUUAAUGAACACUGGGCGCAUGUGUCUUGUGCUGUCUGGACGAGUGGAGUGAUCCUCAUCGCAGGCAAACUGUACGGACUCAAGGAAGCUGCACAGGACUCUGCACACACAAAAUGCUUCACGUGCCAGAGAGAACAAGCCUCGAUCUCCUGCAGUUGGAAUAACUGUACCUACAAGUAUCACUACGUUUGUGCUAAAGAAACAGGCUGCAUCUUUGAUGAGGAAACUUUUUCGAUAAAAUGUCCAAAUCACCAGGCAAUUUAAUAUAUGAAGAACAUCGAUCACCACAGUAAACUGGACCCACUGGAACCGAAAAUGAGGCUUCGGCUAAAGUAAAAAAGCUACUGUAGCAAUACUGACCCGAGUUGAGAUCAUCCCUGCAUCCCUUCAGUUCCUGCAACUCAAGCCUGGGCAUCACGUGUUUCCCGCUGGCCAAAAAAAAACCUCACCGGGCCUCUUACACAUCCAUGGAUCUUGGAUCUGUUCUCCCCUCCCAGACGCUGUUUUUUUUCUGGAAGGGAUGCUAUCAGUGAAGGACACCUGGAGGUCAAUUUGGCUGGCGUAGUCCUGCCACAAUUAGGCCCGGCAGCCCGCCCGCUGAUUUCGAGAGGCAACAGAUUUGACGAUGUCAUGCAUCAAGCAUCCAUUGGAUGGAAUUCAGUAUACGCUUACAUGUUAUUAAAAUGUACAUGGUGUGCUUUACAGAUAAAUACUCCAAAUAAAAAAAACAUCUGAAUAUUUUAUUAUGACGCUCUUCCAAGACGUAUUUCGAUGUGCGUUUGCAAACGUCGCACCAUGUAGGCAACGCUGGUUGGUACCUGUCCGGUCUGUUGGUAUGUGUUCUGGAGACAGUAGUACGUACAGGUUUUGCACCUUAAAAUGUGAAGGGCACUUUCCUCGCUGAAGACUGUUUUGCUUUUCUUGAAAACAAAAAGACUGUACCUGUAACGGGAACGGUAAAAAGGACUCGACACAUGAACAGAGCUGAGAUAAUGUGCUUUACGUUCACCACACGCUGUAUGUGAUAACACGGUAUUGUAGGAUAUUUACUGUAUGCUACUUUACAUUCAGAAUUAGCAUCAUUACGCUGUCAUACAUCGACGAUUCAAGUAAACGAACCACCGAGUUAAAUUCUUCUUACGAUUCUUAAUUCGGAGUGCUUGUGUAUAUAUGUAUUCGCUGCUGUUUAAAUGUAAGAUGUGUUGUACUAUUAUAAUGGUGUAUAGUAUUUCUUAGAGAUGUUUAUUUUCUAUAAAAAAUAUGUUAUUGACUAUAAAAUGUUAUUAAAAACAAUGAAUUCAAA